AUGUCUCUCUUGGCGCUGAACGUGUGCCUGAUAAGCUCCGCCUUCGACGUAGUGGCGCUUCCACUAUCAUCGACGCUGUGCCCCGUCGAGGUAAACGACGACGUCGAGGACACCUCCUUGUGCUACGGCCUCGCGCCACUCACGGAGAAGAGCCGCAAAGGGUACGGCUACGCACACUGUACCGUGAUGCAGCUCUGUGCGCGUGCGCUGGAUUUGAAGGCAGUCCGUGAGAUUGUACGCGAGACGUGGUUGAAGUUCCGCAAGCACGUGUUGGAAUCGAAGGAGUCGUUGGUGCUAACCGGCGUCGCCGACGGCCCUAUCUUCGCAACAACGGAGGAUGGACGGGCCGUGCGGCUGCCAAAUAUCACGGUGGAGCGCACCCCUGACCUAAUAUGGCUGCACGAAACCAUCGUGCGCGAAUUGGACCAGUACCGUGUCAAAGUAGGCUCGGAGGAUGUGGCCAGGUCCGCCUUCCACAGGAAGUUCCCCGCCGAUAACAAUAGCGCCACGUCAGAGUGGAUGCUCUCCUUCACAAGCCAGUACUCUCACGAAAACUACGCGCCACACAUCACGCUCGGCGCCUGCACCGAGAAGAACGUGGCGGCGUUUUCGCUUUUGCAAAAGACUGAGAUCUCGUGGAGGGAGUGCCGACUUGUUGUGAGUCACAUGGGAAACUUCUGCUCCUGCUUUGAACUCCUUGAAAGCUGA